AUGACGGAUUUCCGUCUUCCGACGGCGAUGAAUUUAUGGAACGCAGAUGAUAACGCCAUGAUGGAUGCGUUCAUCAGCUCUGAUAUGUCUUCCUUUUGGGGUAAUCCUACUACUACGGCAGCGCCGUCUGCGGUUCCUCCGGCAUCGUCCUCUGCGUCCACUUCUACAAAUGAUCUUCAUAAGAUCGCCGGCGAGUCACAGCCUUUUAAUCAGGAUUCUUUACAGCAACGUCUUCAGGGGUUGAUUGAUAACGCUCGUGAUUCGUGGACUUAUGGGAUCUUCUGGCAAUCGUCCGCCGUGGAUUACACGAGCCCCUCGUUUUUAGGGUGGGGCGACGGGUAUUACAAGGGGGAGAUCAACAAGCAAAAAACGACGACGUCGGUUAGUUCUUUGGCGGAGCAGGAGCACCGGAAGAAGGUGCUCCGGGAGCUGAAUUCAUUGAUAUCUGGCACACAGAUGCCGGAGAACGAAGCCGUGGAUGAGGAAGUUACUGAUACGGAGUGGUUUUUUCUCAUCUCGAUGACGCAGUCGUUCGUCAACGGUAGUGGAUUGCCCGGUCAGGCGAUGUUCAGUAAUCAACCUAUUUGGAUUGCCGGCCGGGAGCGGUUAUUGGCGUCGCAGUGCGAGCGUGCACGGCAAGGUGAGGGUUUCGGAUUGCAGACGAUCGUCUGUAUUCCGUCUACAAACGGAGUUCUUGAAUUAGGUUCAACGGAGUUGAUUUUUCAAAGUUCAGAUCUCAUGAAUGAGGCCAGAGUGCUAUUUAAUUUCAGUUAUAGCCCUCCAGAUUUGACGCCAAUGAACCCGAAUCAGACACCCGGAGGUGAUACUACUGAUCCAUCGUCGUUGUGGCUAACCGAUCCAGUAUCUUCUUCUGCCGCUGCCACCACCACCACCGUAGAAAUGAAAGAUUCUGUUGGUAUCACCGCAGUAGCCCCUCCGACGACUGUAAUCCCAUCAAAUAGCUCAGUCUCAAAGCAAAUCUCCAUCGACAACCCUAGCUGCAGCUCGUUAACUGAAAACCCUAGCUCUGUGAUUCACAAUCCCAAUCGUGAAUCCAUCCAAAAUCAAGGAUUGUUCGGGAGCAGAGAAUUAAAUUUCUCAGAAUUCGGAUCUUACGAUGGAAGCAGAAACGGGAAUACUUCUCAUUCUUGUAAGCCUGAAUCUGUCGAACUCCUGAAUUUUGGUGAAAGCAAGAAGACGUUCGCCGGAGGCGAAGAUAACAGCAACAAAAAGAAGAAACCCCACGAAGGUAUGCUCUCGUUCACCUCCGGCACGGUUAUUCCACCAUCGGAGACUGUAAAAUCCGGUGGAGCAGAGCUAGAUCCAUCAAUCGGAAGAGAGGCGGAGAGCCGACUAGUGAUGGAGCCGGAGAAACGACCAAAAAAACGCGGUAGAAAACCGGCAAACGGCCGGGAAGAGCCAUUGAAUCACGUGGAAGCCGAGAGACAAAGAAGAGAAAAGCUAAACCAAAAAUUCUACGCCCUUCGAGCCGUCGUCCCCAACGUUUCCAAAAUGGACAAAGCGUCUCUCCUCGGCGACGCCAUUUCUUACAUCAACGACCUCAAAUCAAAGCUUCAAAACACAGAAACCGAUAAAGAAGAACUGAAAACCCAGCUUGACGCCAUGAAAAAAGAGAUAUUAUUAACCAAAGACUCCCAUCAAUCAUCUUCUUCCACCGUCUCACCACCGGAAGACUUCAAAUUAACACCCACCCCUAACCCAAACCACCCAAAAAUCACAGAUAUAGACAUAGAUAUCAAAAUCAUCGGCUGGGACGCCAUGAUUAGGAUUCAAUGUAGCAAGAAAAACCACCCUGCCGCCCGUCUAAUGUCGGCGUUGAAGGACCUCGAUCUUGACGUCCACCAUGCGAGUGUAUCGGUGGUCAACGAUUUGAUGAUGCAACAAGCGACAGUUAAAAUGGGUACUCGAUUUUACACUCAGGAGCAGCUCCGAUUAGCGUUGACUAACAGAGUAUCGGAUCCGAGGUAA